AUGCGCGAGACCGCGGAGAACCUCCCCCUCGCCCCCGGCCAGCCCUGGCAGGCCGAGGCGCCCUUCUCCAAGCGCAACUCCGAGGACUGCAGUGCCCACAGCGAGGCCGAGAUCUGCCGCGAGGUGGACCACGCGAGCGCGGCGCUGCAGAGCAACUCGCCCCAAUCAAGCACGCGCAGUGUCGAUGAUGUGGGCGAUGGCCACACGGAAUACGUCACGUCCGUCUGCUUCGCGGGCAACGAGCGCGGGCUGUCUGCGAGCCGCGACUGCACCGCGAAACUUUGGGACCUCGCGAACGGCGUGUGCAUCCACACGCUCGAGGGCCACACCGAUCGAGUCACCGCUGUCUGCGCGUAUGGCGGAGAGAAGGGCUGUGCGAUCACUGCGAGCAAGGACAAAACCGCCAAGGUCUGGAACCUUGUCACCGGGGAGUGCGUCCUCACGCUCGAGGAGCACCACACGCAGGCCGUGGAAUCCGUCUGCGUCACGCCAGACGGGACGCGCCUUGUCACUGGGAGCCGUGAUAGAACCGCCAAGGUCUGGGAUCUCGAGACUGGCAUUUGCGUCGCGACGCUCUCGGGCCAUGCGAAGGCCGUUUCUUCAGUUUGCGUGACACAUGACGCGAGGCUCGCGGUGACCGCGAGCGAGGACUUCAAAGCUAAAAUCUGGGAGGUCGCGACCGAGAGGUGCCCGCCAGCUACGUCAACGCACCGCAGCUUCGUCAACGCCGUCUGCGUCACGCCAGAUGGGUGUUACGCGCUCACCGGCAGCAACGAUAAGUCAGCAAAAUUAUGGAAUCUCCUCGACGGCGAGUGCAGCCUCGACCUCCCUCACAAGAACUACGUAACUGACGUCUGCGUUUCGCCCGACGGGCAGCGCGCUCUCACCGGGAGCUGUGACAACACCGCCAAGCUCUGGGACCUCAAAACCGGCAACUGUCUGCGCCCGCUGGUAGGUCAUUCAGGAGUUGUCCGCGCCGUGUGCUUCACUCUCGACGGAACGCACGCCGUCACCGGGAGCGCCGACAAAACUGCCAAAAUUUGGGACCUCGCCACGGAUGAUUUCCUUUUCACUCUCGAGGGCCAUGGAGACUAUGUGAAUUCUGUCUGCGUUGUGGACAACGCGAGAGUGCUCACCGCGAGCCGCGAUGCAACGGCCAAAGUCUGGCGUCUCGACACUGGCAAAUUACUUCGCACGCUUGAGCGUCACGAGCACUACCCUGAGGGUCACGAGCACUACAUUGAAUCAAUUUGCGUUACGCCAGACGGAAAUCGCGCGCUCACCGCGAGCCGUGACUACAGCGCCAAAGUCUGGCACAUCGAUACAGCCAAGUGUGUCCUCACGCUUGAGGGUCACACGGACUGGGUCAACGAUAUCUGCGUCACGCCCGACGGAAAGCGCGCGCUCACCGCGAGCGGUGACAAUUCGGCCAAGGUCUGGAAUCUCGUUGACGGCACGUGCAUUCUCACGCUCGAGGGCCACACGUACUGGGUCAACGGUAUUUGUGUUACGCCUUGCGGCAAGCGCGCGAUCACUGCGAGCCAGGAUAAAACGGCGCGCGUCUGGAAUCUCGAGGAGGAAAUGCAGACUCAACUUCGUCUCCAUGCCGACAACGGGUCGCAAGAAGCCAGCCUCCUUGGGCGAUGGCUUUCUCGAUCUUAAGAAGCCCGCCAAGAAAGCCGCCAGGUUCCACACGCGCGCGAAAGCCCAAAGCCGCUGACACUAUACCACGAGACCACCGAUGCGCUCGCCACGCUAAGAUCGUUCCGCUU